AUGAUAAAGAAAGACCGCCUCACUCGCGACGAGCUGUCGCUUCUGUCCCUGACGCCUCCAGACGUGAUAGACCCCGCAUUAUCAACUGUAAAGGAUAGCCAUACUGAUGCGUCGGUAUCCACCGCCAUUCAUGUCAUUGCUACAGAGCGCGCCGCCCUAGCGCAUUUGGAACAUCUGUACGAAACAAAUGCGUUGGCGCAAGAGAGUCUUGCACGGGCUGUAAGCCAGAUCACUCGCAGCGUGCGGAGUGGAGGAAAAUUGGUAUGCUGUGGUGUAGGAAAGAGUGGAAAGAUCGCCCAAAAGCUUGAGGCGACGAUGAAUAGCCUGGGUAUCUACAGCGCAUUCUUACAUCCAACGGAAGCAUUACAUGGAGACCUGGGCAUGAUUAGACCGCAAGAUACCCUGUUGUUGAUUUCGUUCUCAGGCCGCACGCCUGAGCUCCUGCUUUUGCUCCCCUAUAUCCCAUCAACGGUCCCUAUAAUCGCCAUAACUUCUCACCUCCACCCCUCCACAUGCCCCUUAUUGUCGUUCCAAUCAUCCGACAUGGGCAUCCUGUUACCAGCACCCAUUCACGAGGACGAGGAGUUAUCCAUCGGCGUAUCGGCCCCAACAUCGUCUACAACGACGACUGCACGCAUCUCCAGGAAGAGGCCCAGCAGAGAUCUUCAAAAGUCACCAUCCCGGCGGAGCAUCGGCGCCGCAUCAAACAUCCUCACGCCAAUGAGCAUGUCGACCGCAUCAUUCCCCUCGACUACAUCAGACGACCUCUCCAGUCAACAACAGUCCGUCGCAUCGCUCCCCCGGCCAGAGGAAACCCCGUGCAUCGUCGAUAAGCUCGUCCUCAUCGACCAAAUCCCAACAGUAUCUACAUCAACAGGCACUGUCCGUCUCCUCGACAUCCUGCUCACAGCCAUCCAACACCCGACCGCCAAGUCCUGGGUGCGCCUGUCUCCUUCCGAGAUAAUCCCACCCCGACAUCUCCGCGCGCUCUCGCAAUCAACCUAUGUAGACAUGGAUACGUCUGCGCUAGCCAGUCUCAGGCUCCCGUUUGCCGUGUCCCGGGAUGAUUGGCUCCGGCUCCCCAGCUCGACCUCCGUCGACGAUGCACGUCGGCUAGUUUCGGGAUCUACUGCUGCGGGGUCCGUAGUAGCUGUCAUGCAGGACGAGAAUCCCGAUGCUUGUUUGGGCUUCUUGGAAGCAGAUGAUCUGUGGGAUGGUUGUGACUAA